UAAUUUCCGUAAUUUUGCAACUCGGGUAUUUGCGAAAAAAAACAUUAUUUUUUUAUUUGUUGCUGAUGUAUCUGCCACCACCACCAUGUCGCGCCGCAAGCAAGCGAAGCCCCAGCAUCUCAAGUCGGACGAGGAAGCAGUGGCAAUAGUUUCGCAAAAUUCGGCCCCAGGGGAAGGAGCAGAUGAUGCUGAUAGUGGGAACGAAAGCAGAAGUGGAAGUGAGGAAACCCACAUCUGUGAGAAAUGCUGUGCAGAAUUCUUCAAGUGGUCUGACUUCAUGGAGCAUCAGAAGAAUUGCACUAAGAAUCCACUAGUCUUAAUCGUAAACGACGAGGACGCAGCACGUUCAGAAGACUUCCCUGAGCCUUCUCCUGCUAGUACCCCAAGUGAUCAAGGAGAAAGUGAAGCUGCUGAGGAGAGCACUCAUUUGGAGGGAAAUGACAGCUCCGAGGUAAAGAGUACAGAACAAGACGAGCCGAUGGAGGUGGAUGCUUCCACUGACAAGGGUUACCAGAAUCAAGGGACCUCAAGUACUGCUACGUCACUACCUCAGAUUCCUGAAUCAUCUUCCAUGACAAAUUAUAACAUGCCAAACACUAAUGUGACUUUAGAGACUUUACAAAGUACGAAAGUGGCGGUAGCACAGUUUUCGCAAGAUACCCGAUCUAACAGUCCUAGUUCAAAUAGUGGAGUAUCCACCAUUGCAAUCCCCAUGAUUCUAGAGCAGUUGAUGGCUCUGCAACAGCAGCAACUCCACCAGCUUCAACUGAUCGAACAAAUCCGAAACCAAGUGGCAAUGAUGAAUCCACAAACUUUGCACCCUUUAAAUCCAUCAGCAUCUUCCCAAGGUACAUCUGUAUCUGCUGCUAGUCAGCAUGUUUCAUUCACUGAUCAUUCUUCUAACCAGUUAUCAGCUGUUAUUUCAGCUUCGGGACCAGGACAGGCAUCCAGUAUCCACCCUUCUGCCUUUGAGAGUUCACAGCAAAUAGCACAGCCUGCCUCUGGAGCUAGCACUCCUGUUUUGCCCAGCAGUGUAUCUCCCAGAUCAGAAUCCACCAUGCCUCCAUCCACUACCGGAGUUUCAUCUUCACUGACUCCAAUUUCCAGUUCAAAUACAAGUAACACUUCCUCACAAUUACAGUAUUCAACAUCAUCACUUGGCCAUGGUAAUCUUCUCAGCCCAGCUUCCAGCAUGCCUAAUCCACUGCUACCUCAGAACACAUCAAGUAGUGUGAUCUUCCAAAACCCACUGGUCAGCAUUGCUGCAACUACUAAUGCUCUAGAUCCACUGGCUGCCCUUAUGAAACAUCGCAAAGGAAAACCACCCAACGUUUCUGUGUUUGAUCCCAAAACAAGCUCAGAAGAUCCAUUUUUCAAGCAUAAGUGUAGGUUUUGUGCUAAGGUCUUUGGAAGUGACAGUGCAUUACAGAUUCACCUCCGUUCUCAUACAGGAGAGAGACCGUUUAAGUGUAAUAUUUGUGGAAAUCGGUUUUCCACUAAAGGUAAUCUUAAAGUUCACUUUCAGAGGCAUAAAGAAAAAUACCCUCACAUCCAGAUGAAUCCAUAUCCAGUCCCUGAAUACCUUGAUAAUGUCCCAACUAGCACAGGCAUUCCUUAUGGAAUGUCCUUACCACCAGAAAAACCAGUGACAACAUGGUUGGACACCAAACCUGUAUUGUCGACAUUACCAACUUCAGUUGGAUUACAGUUGCCUCCAACUCUAUCAAACAUUACCAGUCUAGCUGAGUCCCCAGCUGUGACUCCUUUGAACAGAUCACCUCAAAGACCAUCUCCUCCAUCAAGUGAAUGUGCGUCUUUGUCACCAAACAUAAACAAGAAUGAGUCCAACAUUCCAAUAACUGCAGAAUCUCCGCAGUCAAUUAAUGGCGGCAAUUUGGUUCCCAUUGUUCAAGGUUUAAAUGCACCUACAUCGAAUUUCAAACCAGCAGAGGGCUGCCCGAGUGGACAGUCAGUUUCCUCUGCUCCUUGCUCUACCACAUCUUCUACUGCUGCGGACAAUGGAGUGAACAGCAUUCCUACAACUCUCCCAAGUCCUCUGCUUCCCAUAAUAUCUGGUCAGUUCAAGGCAAAGUUCCCAUUUGGUGGCCUAUUGGACUCUAUGAAAACAUCUGAGACCUCAAAAUUGCAGCAGUUGGUGGAGAACAUUGAUAAAAAGAUGACCGACCCCAACCAGUGCAUUAUUUGUCAUCGCGUACUUAGUUGCCAGAGUGCUCUGAAGAUGCAUUACCGCACACACACAGGUGAGAGGCCUUUUAAGUGCAAAAUCUGUGGGCGUGCUUUUACUACCAAGGGCAACUUAAAGACACAUUUCGGAGUUCACCGAGCAAAGCCACCUCUUCGAGUACAACAUUCUUGCCCCAUUUGCCAGAAGAAAUUUACAAACGCCGUUGUUUUACAGCAGCACAUUCGUAUGCAUAUGGGUGGACAGAUUCCAAAUACACCUCUGCCAGAGGGCUUCUCAGAUAGCAUGGACACUGACCUAGCCUGUGAUGAAGUGAAUGCUGAACUAAUGAGCAACUAUGCUGAUGAUGAACUAAUGGAUGAAAAUUCAAUGGAUGAGGAGGCGGAGUUAAACAUUACCACAACUGAGUCUUCAAAGCAACUGUUAUGUUAUUCUGGUUCAUCACCAAACUCUCCUCCUUCAGUGAUUUCUAGCAUCACUGCACUGGAAAAUCAGAUGAAGAUAAUAGACUGUGCUUUGAGCACACAACAGCAUUCCAGCAUGAAAUCUGUUGAAAAUGGAUCAAUGGAAAGUGAUCGCUUAACUAAUGAUUCCUCCUCUGCUGUGGGUGACUUAGAAAGUCAGAGUGCAGGUAGCCCAGCAAUGUCUGAGUGUUCUUCUUCAAUGCAGGCAUUGUCACCUGUACACAGUAAUGCUGACAGUCAAAGAUCAAAGUCACCAGGAUUUGGCAACCAAGAAGAGCCACAUGAGACAUCAGUGAAAUCAGAAAAAGCAGACAGUCCAUCAACUCAUCGGGAGAAUGGAGGUGCACUAGAUCUGACAGCCAACAACCUGGGUCGGCCGAUCAUCAAAGAAGAGGCUUUUAGUAUGCUGUUCCCCAACCAAGAAUGUGGUCCCACCCAAAGUACUCCUAGCCUGGUCACCAGCACCGCACCAACCGUGGUCAAAAUGGAAGUCAAUGGUCACAGCAAGCCGAUCUCCCUAGGUGAUGGUACGCAGGUUCCAGUUGGUAUACAGGCUCCAUCUGCACCACAGACAGCCAUGAGUCCAGGUAUGACACCCAUUCUGGCACCGCCACCUCGAAGGACACCCAAGCAGCAUAACUGUCCAUCCUGUGGGAAGACCUUUUCUUCUGCAAGUGCUCUUCAGAUCCAUGAGCGCACACACACUGGUGAAAAGCCAUUUGGCUGCACAAUCUGUGGCAGAGCUUUUACAACAAAAGGGAAUCUUAAGGUUCACAUGGGAACCCAUAUGUGGAAUAAUGCUCCAGCAAGACGAGGGCGUCGUCUGUCAGUGGAGAACCCAAUGGCUUUACUAGGUGGUGAUGCUAUGAAGUUCUCAGAGAUCUUUCAAAAGGAUUUGGCAGCUCGGGCAAUGAAUGUUGAUGCAACAUUCUGGAACCAAUACGCUGCUGCUAUUACAAAUGGUCUAGCUUUGAAAAAUAACGAGAUUUCUGUUAUACAGAAUGGAGGCAUUCCUCAGCUUCCUGUUAGCUUGGGUGGCAGUGGUAUCCCUGCUUUAACUAAUGUGACCAGUGGAAUGGACAGGGUUCGCACAGGCGGCAGUCCGCCUGUUGCUGGGCUGGAGAAACCAAGCACAGAAGGCGGAGCAAAUCGGCCAUUCGCUAGAUUUAUUGAAGAUAACAAAGAAAUUGGCAUUAACUAAAAAAUGGCACUCUUAAAUAUAAUUAACAUAUGGACCAUUUUACCUUUGGAAUCUUGUACUAUAUUAUGUACAGUUUUUGGAGCAUACCUUCAAUAGUUGUUAAGAUAUGAUUUCAACUCCAAAUACUCAGUUGUUGGUGUUUUCUUGCUCCUUUACUCAUCCCCAGAACCAUGAAAGUUCCAAAUUCUGGUUAUGGUUUGAGUUGUCUUGCAAGAUUUGCAUGGUACUACUUGUUUCAAUAGUAAAUUUUACAAAAAAAUUCUUCAAAACUAAAAAGAAAAUUGUACGUUCAUAAAAUUAACAGACCCUUGAUUACCGUGAACAGAUGAACUGUUUGAUGGAUUGGAAACUGGGUGGGGCCAUAGCUCUAAUUUAGUUCCUUGACAACGAUACUGUGAGUGGAAUCGCUAAGGGCCUGGAAACCAUAAACUGACUGAAGUAUGGCUGGACAAGUGUGCUAAUUGUCUUCACAUGAAGUAGAAACUUGAAAUUAUAAUUUUGUUUUCCUUUUUAAGAUGUCCUACUCUUUAAAAAGAAAAAAACGGUGAUUUUUGUGUCCCUGGAGAUGUGUAUUAUAUAAAAAAAAUGUGCUUGUCUGUACUAUUUAUACUGUCAAAAUUAUGCGGGUCAGAAAUAGUGUCCAAACCCACUCUCAAUUUUGGUAUUGGCAGAAAUAUGUGCAAGAUAUGUAUAUCUCCAUGUUUUUAAAUUGUAGCCAGAUACUUAAUGAUGUCUGAAAGUAUCUUCUCUCACCUAUGGAAAGAACAAAACUUGUAGACUUGUCAAGUUUUCUUUCUUUUUCCCAACUGCAACUGAAUGCCGUUGUGACUUUUUGGUUGAAAAUUUUAAACUGUUUUAAAGAAGCUGCUAUUUAACCCUUUUAGGUCAGAUAAUGUAUUUCCGCUGAGAGAGGGUAGGAUUAUGUUUGAAAAAGUGAAAUCCUCCAUUAAACGAACUUUAAAAAAAUUUAGACUGGGAUUUAAACUAAAUGUAAUCCUUUCCAAUUUCAGUUGUGUAGAGAGAACACACCUUAUUUGUUAUUUAAACAGUCAGAAAUCAAGUGUAUACUGAAGUACAUUUUAAAAUUUAAUCAUGGAAUAUAGUAUCUCAGUCCUCCAAGCAAAGUUUAGCCUGUUUUAUUUUAACAUUUUUAUGCUAAAAUGUUACUUUAAUAGACCCAUUGCAAAAAAAAAUGUGAUGGUUCUUCCUUACCUGUGCUGCCUGUUUCUGUUUUUAAAUUAUUAAUAUAUUUAAUUGAUCAACUGGUACACAUUUGUUGCUGGCCCAACCCUGUACUAAUAUAUUUUGGCAGGGGGUAAUGAGUUCAUUUAGGACUUUCUUGAUGCCAUGGAACUGCAUAUAGUUUUAAAAUACUUACAUGCAUCACAUAAUGUGUUUUUAUUUUUAAAAUAAAAGCAUCUACAAUUGGAUGACAACUGUUUUUAGCCCAGUUAAUACUUCCCUUGAGAAAAAUCCUUUCUUAUUCAACUCCAACGUAGAUGUUAAAUUAAUCAUUUCACACAACUUAGCAUCUACAUUAAAAUGGAACACGCAGGAAUGUAUGCUAAUGUGUAAAUGGGUGCAUUAAAACUAUACAAAAGGAAGUGAAUCCACCAGAGUCCUGUAUUUUUGAAUUUGUAAAAAUUGAUAACAGGACACCUUAUUUCUCCCCUAAAGUAGGUGGCAACAUGAAAACUUUUAUUGUUAUUUUCUCCAAUUAAAAUCUGCUUUUAAGUGUUAAGAUCAGGGGAAAUGUAUUUUGGCAAUCCUUAUUUUAUUAUUCUGUUUGCUUUGUGUUUGCUGCAGCAGAAUAUCAAAUUGUGAGGCACAAAUAGAUUUUUUUUUAAAUCUACAUGCCAGUAGGCUCUGGCUUUGCUCCAUUUUUCAGUGACCAUAGAGAGGGGCAUUUGUACACUGGAGCACAAGAUUUUCUGCCCCUUUGCUCUGCAGAGUCGCUAAUAUUUUGCACACUUCGUGGAGCCUUCGCCUUUUGUGUUGAUGACAUAAUAUGUUUUGGACUUAAAAAAAAGCAAGGAGCCCUUAAGGAAACUAUAACCCCUUUGCUUGUCAUAAUUAACUCCAAGUUAGAAUAGUGAGUUUUGCUUCAAUUCAUUAAAUUGUCUGAUUUAGAUUUACUUGAGCUGGAACUAUCAUUAUUACUCAGUAUCAUCAAAUGUAAAAGCAUGUCUGGAGCAGAUGCUGUGACAUCAUGUGUAAUUGAGGUGUUCUCUUGCAUCCAUUCCCCUCAGAUUGUGGCUGUAACUCCUUUGAAGUACUGGUCAGUAACUAGAAGCAAUCACUGAUAUUGCUGUGCCCAACCUUCACGGAGUCAGCAAUGAGCAUGUGGAUGGAGGUUGGAGAACAGUCAAGUUGUGAGGAAAACUGUCAGGAAUAUGUUUUCAGCUCAUGGAACUGAGCACAAGUUUGGUUAUGUAACAGUCAUUUAUUCUGAUUGAGAGCAAGUUGUUCCAGAACAUGAUCAUAAUACUGCCGGUGCACAGUGUAAUACUUCUGCGAGUUAUUUUUGUGCAGUACAGUAGAUGAAAUGAAAUGAGGACCUAGAAACAAAGUGAAGCCAUACAAACCUAAUAUUGUGUAUCUGAAAGUUCUCUUGACACUGUUGAACCCCUUGAAAGUCUGAUUUUUGUGCCAGUUGAUCAUUAAGAGGGUAAAUUCCACCAGCAACAAAUUUAACUGAAUACAGCAGCGUGAACAGAAAGUGGGACAUCCAAUUUUGCACUCGCAAUGAUGUUUUUCACUAAAAUUAUUGACUGGAGGAAUUUCACAUCAAACUAAUUUGUAUAAUUUGAAUUCAGUAGUGGAGCUGGGAUAUUUAAAGUACCUUGCACCUUAUGCUAUGACUGAGACGAAUAUCUAUAAAAGAGUUUUUUUUGCAAAUCUUUUUCGACCUUUUUAAACACAGCAGAUUUAGAACAGAACAACAAAUUUCCAUAGACUAAAGACAAGUAUUAAAUGUAAAAUAAGAAAGCAUAUGUUAUGAAUUUGAUAAAAAUGUUGUAAACUUUCAUUAAUGUUUAAAAUGCUGGAAAAUCCAUUCAGACUGGCUAAUUGUCUUCUUGGAAUGCUUUGGGUAUCAAGCACAACUGUCCAUUAUGGUAAAAGAGUGACACAACUGGUGAUCAUUAAUUAAUGGUGCACCAUAGUAAGAAGCGUGACAAAGUUUUUAAUCUACAUUAUUAUUAAGUAAGCUAGCAAAUUGGGAUGGGUGGAGCUUAAUCAAAACUUGAACUAACAGUAACCGUUUCGUGUACAGUACUACCUCAUUUUUUUUGCAUUGAAAGCACGGUGGACGGUGGUGUACAAACUUCCAUUUGUAUGAAGCUGUUUUUGAAGAUAUAUUGCAAUAAGGAUUGGGCAAAAGACACGGUAAUCACACGGUGGAAUUGCAUGGCGGGUAUUUUGAAUGGACUAACAGUGGGACAAUCUGCUCAUUGAGAAAAGAAUUUAGGUUUCUCUUAAGGAACAUUAAAAUGUAUCACUUUACUGGUUGUUUCUGCCAUCUUGUCAUGACCAACCAAUACGAAGAGACAUGACUGAUCCUAGAAGAGCUGUUUAUACCCCCACUAAAACUAUUGUAUUUACCACAAGGGGAGUUGUUCCUACAAUGAGGACAAUGCAUCAAUCCUGUGUUACUUCCACCUUUAAAGCACUAAGUGUGGGAAUUUGGCAACCUUUCAAGAGCAUAAAUAAAAUGAAAACAAAACAAGUUGUAAGGUGGCUUAACGUUGCUGUAUUUUCAGCAUUUGAAUGUUUUAUUUAUCUGUGUCAUUUUUUGGUGUGAAUUUUUGUUAGCCAAAUGUUAGCAUUUGGUACCAUGUAGUGUUCUGUCCAUAAGGAUCUGUAACUUAAGACUUCUAAAGCAAUGUAAAUAGGGCAGUAGGUAGACUGAACCCUUUUGUAUUCAGGUGCUGGUUGUUCCUCUCUACAUGGUGAAGAGAGACACUAUUUUUAUACUGCGAUACCAUGUAGGGCUGGGGAACCAACCUGAACCAGUUGGGAAUUGUUACCUAUAUCCAAUAUUUUUAUUAAACCUUGUUGGCUUGACACAUCUACUGAUUGAAAUGGAUGUCUUAGUCUAGGUUACUAUUUUGUCAUAUGGAAUAAAUAAAAAAAAUGCAGGAUAUGA